ACCCUUUGGGAAAAAACUCCUAAUUCCUCGUCUAGAUUAGAGCUCGAAACCUUACACCACUAAUUCCUCGUCUAGCCGAGAUUAGAGCUCGAAACCUUACACCAAAUUCCAGCUUUGGAUGUUCUGGGCUCUCUGCUCGUUAACAGCCCUUAUACGCGCCCAAGAAACCUCCGCUCUCUCUGUCCGCUAGACUUGGAAACGAGGAAGUGACGAAGUGAAGGACUCAAGGAGGACCGACGACGGCGACGACUCGCCUGACUGACUGACGACCGCCGCCACCCAUCACCAACGCCAUCCCUCCACUGGACCACAGCGCCCCUCCUCCACGAAUGCAGGCUGUCCACCGCUCCACGACCGCAGGUCCGCAACUGCGCAGUAUUGGCGGUAACUCAUUUUUCCAGCAGGAAUGGAUGGAAGAGAGGGUUCCAGACAAGCAUGGUAACCAGAAACCUCUUGAUGACAGGGGACUGAGAAUGGAAUACAAGAAUGAGCCCAUGGACCUCAACCUCCAAAGCCCAGCCGCAAAAUCUCCAGCACCACCGCCGGUGACUCCACUGUCCUCCCAAAUAUUGCGUCAGUGGAGACCAGCCGCUCAGAGGAAUCUCAAAAACCAGUGGUUGAAAUUGGUUUCUCUAUGGAACGACUGGUUAUAUUCCUCCUCUACUGCUCGCUCCCACGCCACUUCUCUAGUAAACUCUUAUCUCUCGCAGAGGUACAUGGAUGCAAUGGAAUUUGGAAUUUUGAGUGACAUGCCAGAAUUACAAAAGAAAGCAUGCCACAAGUUACACAAGCAGCAGGUGAUCAAUAGGGGUCAGCUCUUUUUGACAUACAAAAGUAUGGUCGGCAUUGUAACUCAGAUGGUAAAGGCUUCUAGAUCUAUGAGGUGUUAUGUCAAAGGUACGGGUGACAGCCCAAUUGUACAGUUUUCUUGCAACCCUGAUGCUGAUGAUUCUCAUCAGAUUGACAGUAGUGGAGUUCCUGUAUUCUCCUUUUGGUCAAUAUCUUCUUUUGAGCAACUGGCAGAAGAGCUGGUUCACAUGUUAAAAUGUGAAAUGAAUUUAAAGCGGGUACUUAUAAUGGAAUUUUGCUCCAUUAGUGACGAAGAAAACAGCAUUCAUUGGUCAGAAGAGUUGUAUUUAGGGGAGUUUGGUGAUCUCAUUAUAUGCGAUUUGUACUCCAAUGGACCAAUUUUCCCGUGUCGAACAAAUUGCAAAUCAACUAUACCUACAAAUUCACCUCUUGAUCAAACUGAGAGGAAUGUUCUCCAGGUAUAUCUAACAACGUGGCUUGCAGAAGUGAAACUCGACAGAUUUAGGAUUGAUGAAAUAUUUUCUAUAGUUGGAGAGGAAUUGCAUGUGACACUCUCUUGAAGUUCUUGUUGCCCUGGAGUCCGGAGCUACACAACCCACUGACUGCUUUAGUUAUUUUCUUGAUUCUUUAUUAGUAUUAAUCAUUUCAUAGGAACUCGGCUGCAGAAGCAAUUGUUGAAGGAAUGUGAAUUCAGUAUUUUACAUUUUAAAGGAACAACUUACCAUCAGCAAUUGUUGAUAAUUAAUGAAAAGCACAUCACUUCCUCCACCCAAGGUUCUGACUUCUGAAGCAACUUAUUUAAAUUAUUAUGUUUGAAAUUGCUUCAUGAAGCACUUCUCAGCUUCUGGAAAAAUGGCUAAAAAGGGUGUUUGUAAAUACAAACGUCAGCUUAAAUUUAAGUAAGGGUUGUAAACGAAUCGUACCAAACCGAAUACUUAACAAUAUUAUUCAUAUUCGUAUAAUUAUCGAAU